GGACAAGUACAAUGAGUCCAUCUUUUGUAUGUGAGAUGAGACCACCCAUAUAUAAGUACAGACCUAGUCAGACUAAACCGUCUAACAAGAGAGAGAGAGAGAGAGAGAGAGUGCGCACCUAGAGAACGAGACCAUGUACAGCAGCAGCUCACUGCGGAAGAGAGAGAGAGAGUAGGUGGGUGUGUUAUCGAAUCGAAUCAACAAUCAGAUAACAACACUUCUUUCCGAUUCCUCUCGGAAAAUCAAAUCCCACAAAUUCCACCGAAGAAAGAGAUGUUUAAUCUGCCCUUCUUCGCUCAAGAUUCAUUCAUCAAAUGAGCUCAUUCUCGACCACAAUGCUUGCCAUUUAUAACCCUAAAACUGGCUCGGACUGUGCAGAUUCAGCUUAAGCAGUCGCAUCCUGGGUUUCUCUCUCUUCAAUUCGCGCUCAAAAACCCUAAUAGAGUCCUCUUCACCGAUAUGUGAAGCUUCUCCUUUUGUCCUUGGAAAAGAAAGCUCUUUCAAAAUCUGGUACAUAAAGGACAAUCUUCCAAUAAGAAAGUCCUAGCAUUGAAAUCGAAAAUCACUUAGGGUUAUACCCAUUUUUGUAGCACUCCUUUUCCACGUGGUUCCUUUGAGAUACAGAUAUGAAUAGAGAAGAGCUUGGUAACAUAAUGACUGUAAGAGCAAAACCUGUAGGUGCAGUGUUUUUGAAGAAUAAUGGCCAUAGAGAGGAUGAAGGACAUUCCAGGCUUGAACCACAAGUGGGUUUGGAGUUUGAUUCGGCAGAAGACGCACAGGAGUUCUAUAAUAUGUAUGCAACUCAAGUAGGAUUCAAAAUUAGGAUUGGCCAGCUGUACCGAUCUAGAGUUGACGGAGCAGUUAUUUCUCGAAGAUUUGUGUGUUCAAAGGAGGGCUUUCAGACCAAUUCAAGAACAGGUUGUCCUGCAUUCAUAAGAGUACAAAGGCUUGAUUCUGGGAAGUGGCUUCUGGCCAAUAUCAAGAAAGAUCACAAUCACGAUAUGGAACUCCCUGGUGAAAUUCGUCCAUCCCAUAUACAAAGGAAAGCCCUUCCAGCUCAGAGAUCAUCACCUGCUGUGUCCUCUAGGACAGGAAUCAGAACUUUUGAGGAUGAGGAUGGACGUCCAUCUGCAUCUGGUGUCAUUGAUGCCAAACGCCUCAAAAGGGAAGAAGUGGAAGGAGGAAUAAAAGUUGAACCAUGCAAAGGUCUCGAAUUCAAUUCUGCUAAUGAAGCAUACAAAUUUUACUAUGUAUAUGCAGCUAAUACAGGUUUCAAAAUUCGGAUUGGCCAGUUAUUUCGUUCGAAACAUGAUGGGUCAAUUACAUCUCGAAGAUUUGUCUGCUCGAAGGAAGGGCAUCAACACCCUUCCAGAUUAGGUUGUGGAGCAUUCAUGAGGAUACAGAGACGAGAAUCAGGACGGUGGGUGGUUGACCGUCUUCAGAAAGAACACAAUCAUGAACUCGACUCUCCAAUGGAUGCUGGUAGAAAAAUUGCUGCUUUUAAGGGAUUUAGAGAGGAAGCAGGUAUUGUGUUGGAGGAAAAUAUGGAUGUACUUGAAACAAAUGGUGGUGUCACCCUUGUUAAAAGAGGCCGAGAAAGUAACAUUGGAAAUGAUUGGUAUCAUUUGCUUCUGGACUAUUUUCAGUCUCGGCAAGCAGAAGAUACAGGAUUCUUUUAUGCAAUGGAAGUGGAUGAUGGCAAAUGCAUGAGUGUUUUCUGGAUGGAUGGGCGGUCUAGAUUUGCUUGCAGUCAGUUUGGGGAUGUCGUCAUUUUUGAUACAACAUACAGGAGUAGUGCUUAUUUGGUGCCAUUUUCUUUGUUCAUUGGGGUUAACCACCACAGGCAACCAGUGCUUCUUGGCUGCGCUCUAAUUGCUGAUGAAUCUGAGGAGUCUUUUACUUGGGUGUUUCAGACGUGGCUUAGGGCAACAUUGGGGCGCUGUCCUCUGUCUAUAAUAGCUGAUCAAGACAAAGUCAUCCAACAUGCAAUUGCACAAGUUUUUCCUGGGACACAUCAUCGUUUUUCAGCAUGGCAAAUGAAGGCAAAAGAACAGCAGAAUUUGGGUGCCUUACUUACCAUGGAUACUGAUUUCAAGUUUGAAUAUGAAACUUGUAUUUAUCAGAGUCAGACACCUACUGAAUUUGACACUGCAUGGACUGUGAUUGUUGAAAAAUAUGACCUGAAGGAGAAUGCUUGGAUAAAGGAAAUGUAUCGAACGCGUAAAAGUUGGGUUCCAUUGUUUACAAGGGGCAUGUUCUUUGCAGGCAUCCCUAUGGAUGGAAACAUGAAACCAGUUUUUGGUACAUUUUUGAAUGCCCAAACACCCCUUGAUGAAUUUGUUUUACGAUACGAAAAAGCUCUUGAGCAACUCCGUGAGGAGGAGAGAAAAGAGGAUUUUAACUCAUUUAACUUGCAAGCUGUUUUACACACAAAAGACCCCAUAGAAGACCAAUGUAGAAGGCUUUACACAAUGACAAUGUUCAAAGUGUUUCAGAAAGAGCUUUUAGAAUGCUAUAGUUAUGUGGGGAUGAAGAUUAAUGUAGAAGGUGCUAUCAGCAGAUAUUUGGUGCAGAAGUGUGGGAGUGGGGAUGAGAGGAAUACUGUUGCAUUAAAUGCAUCAAAUCUUAAUGUUAGUUGUAGCUGUAAAAUGUUUGAAUAUGAAGGAGUGCUUUGUAGACAUGCACUGAAAGUGUUCCAGAUAAUGAACAUAAGGGAGCUUCCAUCUCGCUAUAUAUUACACCGUUGGACAAAAAGUGCCAAGUAUGGUAUUCUACGGGAUGUUGAAUCAGGAGGUAGUUCUCAAGAUUUCAAGGCCCUAAUGCUGUGGAGUUUAAGAGAAGAAGCCCGCAACUUCAUUGAGGCAGGGGCAGCAUCUCUAGAAAGAUACAAACUUGCUUUUGAGAUCAUGCAGGAGGGUAGACGGAAUCUUUGUUGGCAAAACUAGAAGUAUCUUGUACAAAGGCAACCUAAGAUAGCUUUAAGUCUGCCUAAUGGGGAAAGAUGGCCUUUAUCAAGUUGGAUGUUGGAGACUCCUCAAGACUGCAUACUUAGACUGUUAAUGUGGGUUAACUUUUUGCAGCUCAGAUUGAUAGCGAAAACAUGCCUACUCACUAGUUUAGCUAUCCUUUGUCAUUCUCUUGUUCAUUUCCCUUUGAAGACUGACUAGUAUCCUCUUUUCUGUAUAUUGUUUGAUUAUAUUUAUGGUUCUAUUUUCCAUGCA